AUAUUUGAGAGUGAAUUUUUAAAUUUUGUGGUUUUUUUUUUUCUUGAGAGUAAAUGUAAAAAAUUAUAAUAGUAUAUAAAAUAUUUAAUUUAUUCAGCUAGGAAUUGAAAUAGGGGCAUAGAGCUAUAGAGUGGUUAUAUACCCCUCUCCCUUAAAAAUCCCACGUUUUUACUAUUUUUUUUUUUGUUCAAAAAUUUAGAACACCUAAUUUGAUUAGAAUAAUAUGUUAAAUUUUUUUUUUUACAUACAUAAAUACAAAAUAUUUUUAUAUUAAAUGUGUCAAAGAGUAUAAUGUUUAUAUUUAAUGGGUCAAAAAGUAAGUGCGUGCUUUGGUCGCACCUUAAUUAUAAACGAAUUAAAAACUUGUAAUAACCCAGACUGCGAUCCUGAUUUAAAGCCUUCCGUAGCAGCCGAACUUGAAAAACAAGUAGAUCGUUUAGAAAAACUUGUUGAAAGAUUAGAACGUUCUGUAUCGGCACAUCAAUUAGAAAUAGCAAAUAGAGUAUUUAAUUCAGUAGUUGAUACACAAAAACGUCGUAGUUUUGAUAUUGAAACAGCUGAAUUACCCCCAAUACCAAAUACAUCAACAGAUACAUCAUUAAAUAAAAUAAUUGAUCGUCUUGAAAAUAAUAUUAAUAAAAUAAAUUAUAUUAAAGACGAAAAUAAUAAAAAUAAUUUAAAUAAUAAUAAUAGCAAUAAUAUAAAUAAUAAUAUUGAAGACGGAGACGGUAGUCUUGAAAAUAUACCAACUGUAUUAGACGAAUAUUUAAUUGAAGAAGGAAUUAUUGAUUUAAAUCAUCAACAACAAGAAGAUAAGCAAUUUAUAGAUAUAAAAGAAAAUAACAUAAUGAGUGUUAACGGUUAUGAAGAUAUAAUUUUGGGUCCAUUAACUCAAUAUAUUAAUGUAUCAAAUAAAAUUGGUGGAGAUGUUGCAAAACAUGCUGCACUUGUAGGCAAAGCUUUUGAUGCUCAGUUUGCAUAUAUUAAACUUACAAGUCAAAAUGCGCAACCGCCACAAAAUAAACAAAUGGAAUUACUUAAACCAACAUCUGAUCAAAUAGCUGCUAUACAAGAUUUUCGCGAAAAAAAUCGUACAUCACAAUAUUUCAAUCAUUUAUCAGCAAUUAGUGAAAGUAUUCCCGCUCUUGGUUGGGUGUGCGUGUCUCCAACACCUGGUCCACAUGUUAAAGAAAUGAAUGAUGCUGGCCAAUUUUAUACAAACCGUGUUUUAAAAGAUUGGAAAGAUAAAGAUCCAACUCAUGUAGAAUGGGCUCGUUCAUGGAUUCAAACAUUAACUGAAUUACAAAAAUAUAUCAAACAAUAUCAUACCACUGGGCUAGUUUGGUCUGGUAAGGGUCAAAUUGCGGCUGGAGGUGUUCCACCUCCACCACCAGGAUGUCCACCACCACCUCCACCUCCAGUAUUGGACAUGUCCUCAAUGUCAUUAGGAGGUGCUGAUGAUCGAAGUGCAUUAUUUGCUGAAAUUAAUCGUGGUGAAGAUAUUACUAAAGGUCUUCGAAAAGUUACAGCUGAUAUGCAAACUCAUAAAAAUCCAACAUUACGGACUGGUCCAGCUCCGUUUAAAGCACCUACACCUACAUCGACGACUCCAAGCGUUCAACCAACAGGUCCAGUUACUAAAGCACCUGUAUUCCAAAAAGAUGGUAAAAAAUGGAUUAUUGAACAUCAAAAAUCUAAUCCAAGUCUUAAUAUUGACAAUGCCGAAAUGAACAACGUUAUUUACAUGUUUAAAUGUGAAAACUCAACUUUAACAAUUAAAGGAAAAGUUAAUAGCGUUUUUAUGGAUUCCUGUAAAAAAUGCUCUUUACUCGUUGAUUCAGUUGUUGCAUCAAUUGAGUUCGUUAAUUGUCAAAGUGUGCAAAUGCAGGUUUUACAAAAAUGUCCAACUAUAUCUAUUGACAAAACUGAUGGCUGUCAAAUGUAUUUAUCAAAAGAAUCAUUGGAUGUAGAAAUCGUAAGCUCUAAAUCAUCUGAAAUGAAUGUAAUGAUUCCUAAAGGCAAUGGUGAUUAUGUUGAACAACCAAUUCCAGAGCAAUAUAAAACUUUAAUUAAAGGAACAUCCCUACAAACAACAUGUGUUGAAAGUCUUGGCUAGUAUGCUUAACAAACAAUAAAUAUUAAAUAAAUAAAUAAAUAAAUAAAAAAAUAUAUAUAUAAAUAAAUCAAAAUAUCAACUAAUAUAAAUUUUAUAUCAUUCAUGCUGUUUGAAAAAGCCAAGACAUUAAAAAAAAAAAUAAUGCAGUAAACCCUUCGCUACUCAUGCAGUGGAACUUAUAUUAAAUAUUAUAUUAAAAGUAUAAAAAUUAGUGUACGAAAAAUUAUUAAUACACGUCAGUUUUAUUUUUCAUUUUUUUUACUAAUAAAAUUUUAUUAUUUUUUAUCGAAGACAUAAAUAGUGCGUUAGAAUCCGUGAAAAGUAUUUAUAAUCUUUAAAUAAACAAAAUAAAACUAUUGUGUUUAUAUACAAAAAAUUUAUAAAAUAAAAAUUAAAUGUUUA